CGUGUGUAACCCGGCAUCUACUGCCUCCUGCAAUAACUCUCCAGGUUCAUACAGCUGUACUUGUAAAAAAGGUUUCUCCGCGGUGAACAGAACGUCAUGUGUUGGACAGGACAGGACAGGACAGGAAAGGACAGGACAGGACAGCCUGGACAGGACAGGACAGAUAUUAAUGAAUGCCAAUCGCAUCCAUAUUGUGGCUGUCAACUAAAUCCAGAAAAGUGCGUCAACACGGCAGGUUCUUGCAAAUGUGGAUGCGCUGAAGACAUUCCCUCAAAUGAUACUGAAUGUAUUACCUACUCUGAUCUACAAAUCAGGUUGAAUGGUUCGAGCAACAAUAUGAGUGGAAGAAUAGAAAUAUAUCAUCCCAGACUUGGCUGGGGAACGGUUUGUGGUAUGAUCCAUAUUGGCGGUAACGGAUAUGCACAUUUGAAAAACACCGCAGCCAACGUCGUCUGUCGUCAGCUGGGUUUCUCUGGAGGGACUGUGAUCAGAACCUUGGAUUUCUAUGGUAAAAGAAGUGGUAGUCCUGCAAUUUUCUCGAAUGUUCAAUGCUCUGGUGAUGAAUCAUUCAUCUGGGAUUGCAGUCAUAAUGGAUGGAAUAAUUCUUUCCCGAGCUGCAUUUAUGAUAAAUAUGGACCUGUCCGUGUGGAUUGCUACUGAGAUCACAAUGAUUCAAUUAAGUACCUUGGG